GGAUACGAGCACGUUCACUUCUUGAGCUUCGGAUGCAACGGCGCCUUGGCCAGCUCCAAGUCUCUCGCCUCCCUGCUGGUCCAGGUUCUUCAGAAAGGCUUCAUUUGGGCCUGUGACUUUGGUGAAGUUUACUUCAAUGAGGAGGUCUUCGACCACCUUCUGAGCGCCUUGGACCCGCGGCCCCUUCGACCUGCGCGGAAGCGGAAGACAGGGCUGGAGGAAACGAGAGAACCCAGCAGCAAUUUGGCGUUCUCCUUUGCUGAUCAAGGCUGCGGCCUCAAGGUGCAUCAGAUCAGCAGGUUGAAGGACCUCACGCGACGACGGCGGCUGUUCGAUAAGGCGCUCUCAUGGGGCAAGGUGGAUCGGACGCACGCGCCGUGGCUGGACAUCCCGCGCGUCUUCGGAAUGGUGAUGAGGUCCAAGAACUUGACAAAAUGUUUUUGGCGGCCGUAUCAAGAAGCGGAAUUCUGGCGCAGAGCUGGCUUUCACUGCACCGGCGGCCCACGUUUGAACCUGCAAAGAUCGGGUGGCAAGCGCGUGAAUCCAUCCAUUCGUCGCUUGACGACUGCAAUGCACCGUGGCAACCUCGAGCCGGCCGCGCUGCAGAAAGCCUUUCCACCCGGAGAUGAAGGUGAACGGCGAAGCAGAGAACUUCUGCAGACUUGUGGCCAGACAAAGCAGUACGGAGAUGGGUUGAUGAUCAACGCGUGGUGCUUGGAGUAUACAAAGUGUGGAAAGAUCCACCCAUUUUUAAUGGGUAAACCAUCUAUUUCUAUGGGCCAUCUAUACCAUGGCUAUGUUAAAUAG